AUGCGUGGGUUAUCGGCUCUCUACUGUCUGGCAUGCGAGCGGGAGGGCUGUCUUUCGAACUCGGACUUUGUGAGGAUGUGCAGAGCCCUUGACACGUCGGAGGACUGUCCGACACAUUUGGAUUUUCACGAGACUUAUUUGGGCGACGCAGGGGCGGCAGCGGUCCUUCGCACGGUGGCGAUUAUGCGAUGGGUUCGAAGCGUCGAUCUACGCGAUAGUGGGGCAGGGACGAAGGCUGUGGCGGCGUUGGUGGCGGUUGCCGAUGAGCACCCGAGCCUGCGUUGGGUGGACCUGCGUGGCGGAAGCAACGACGUGUUCGCGAUGUCAGGGCGGCGGUUGCUGGCAGUGUUGGGCCGUUGUCCGAUGUUGGUAGUUCACGCCAACUACGACGAUCUUCCUGCGACGAUGGCGCACAGGCUGCGGGCGGCCAACGGCCGUAAUCAGCAGCGGCAGCAGGAGGAGGCAGCCGCAAUUGAAGCAGAAAAAAUGGCCUACUUGCCGGUGCUAGACUCACUUCAAGGUGAGGGUCGCGAGGAGGAUCUCUUCUACCUACCCACGCAUGACCCCGUUGGAUGCCCGCUCUACAGCGAAGACGCCAAUCUACUGCACCUAGUGGAGAGCCUUAACACAUACAUGGAGGACUACUUGGAGAGCUACCAGUACGUUGGUCGGGUGGCAGCGCAGUUGGCAGUCGACCUGGGCGCGGCGAUUCUUCCAUGCAUUCGUGCAACCGCUGUUGCCGUCCCACCAACCGCGGCGACAGGUACGGGGCGUGUGUAUCCCAGCGAUGUCAAGGCAAUGGUGCGGGCGGUGGAUGCCCUUCUUGGUGGAUUGCGUGUGAACCCGUUUCUUCUUGAGGAAUUGAUUGCUACUAGUGGACCCAUUUUGGAGAUGUAUGUGACAAAACUGAGGGAAACACGCGGGGAGUAUGAGUCUCUGGUGGCAGCUCGCCUGGGAUUGUUUCCCUCCCACCGAGAACGAAGUCUGGUAGUUGAGAUGCGGCCCUUGUACAACCGUAUAGUUGCGGCACUUGUUCAGCAGUCCAUGACGAAGCUGCCGUCGAUGUGUCAGGUGGAGGAGCACUUGCGUCGCGUGCGCAUCGAGGUGUUAAACCGACUUCUGGAGGGAAGAGAACGCGUGCUUCCGGUUCUACUCACGCAGGUGCAGUACUUCGCGUACAACCGUCCCACACAGGCAAGCAAGUGGGCGGAGGCCUAUGUAAGGAAAAAAGAGGCCUUGCCGCAGGAGCUGGGGAAGGUGGAGAUAGACCGCGAAACAGAAGAGGCGCACGACGAUGACGUUGCUGCUGCAUCACCCGACGCCCUACAGAAGCGCGGCAACAUGUGCAUAGAGGCUAUGCGUGAGCUCCGUGAAGUGCUGCAGGACCCCUACACUGCCGCUCGCUACUCUGUCACAAGGCCGCUGUUUGAAGUGCUUCCAAUGGAAAUACGAGUGUUUCUCUGCGACUUGGUGUUGAGGCGUGCGGCAUUGCUUUACACUCCGACCAUAUUUUUAAUGGAGAAGAAGGCGCAGCCACCGCGACGGAAGUUAGAAGAUUGGCUGCCGACGACAAAUACAGACGAUCCGUUUGAUAUUGUCCGCAUCUUUGAACGGGUUCGCUGCCGAAGAGAACUCUCAGAGGUGCUCUGUGCCUUUGAGGAGUGGUACCGACUGCGUCAGGUGGAGUGCUACGAUGUAACGCACGUCAGUCGACAAGAACUGCUGUCAAGAGUGCAGCGUAUGUAA